UCACGGCGAGAGGCUGCACGGCUGAGCGGAGUAUGUGCAGCGGAACAAGCCUGCGAGAGUUUGCACUGAUAGCAAGCCGGGAAACUGCAGCUCCUGAGUGGCUCCUGCUGCAACCUGUUGCCCCCCUUUGUCUCUGAAACGUAUUACUCCGGUGACACGAGGUAAUGGACUAUUAGAGAGACCUUUAACAGGCCCCCCACAGCAACUUAAAAGUGAGCAGUCUAAAUCGCCGCUGCCCUCACAUCCCCCAUAGCCUAAACAGAAGCAGCGACCAUGGGCAAACAGAACAGCAAGCUCCGUCCUGACGUCAUGCAGGACCUGAUGGAGAACACAGACUUCACCGAGCAUGAGAUCAUGGAGUGGUACAAGGGCUUCUUGCGGGACUGCCCGAGCGGCGCGCUCUCCAUGGACGAAUUCAAGAAGAUCUACGCCAACUUCUUCCCUUACGGAGACGCCUCCAAGUUCGCCGAACAUGUCUUCCGCACGUUUGACGCCAAUGGAGAUGGGACUAUAGACUUCAGGGAGUUCAUCAUCGCCCUGAGUGUGACCUCUCGUGGUCGGCUGGACCAGAAGCUAAAGUGGGCUUUCAGUAUGUACGAUCUGGACGGAAAUGGAUACAUUAGCAAGGCAGAGAUGCUGGAGAUUGUAACGGCUAUUUACAAGAUGGUUUCCUCUGUGAUGAAGAUGCCCGAGGAUGAGUCCACACCAGAAAAACGCACAGACAAAAUCUUCAGGCAGAUGGACACAAAUCGAGAUGGUAAACUUUCCCUUGAGGAGUUUGUUGAGGGAGCGAAGAACGACCCCUCCAUCGUCCGGCUGCUUCAGUGUGAUCCCAGCAGUGCUGGGCAAUAGAAAACUGGACUCUUUCCCCUUCGCUAUUUUUGAUUAAUUUAGCACAUUUUCAAAAUCUCUCUCAGCUGACCCACCUGAGAUGGUUGACAUUUGAUCACUUGAGCUGUAGAGGCACAUCCACACACACACACACUCACGCAGACAACAUGCAACUGUACAUACCACAAAUACCAAAGCCUGCUGCAUAUAUAAUCUUUCAGACGCCCACAUGCACAUACUGUACAUGUGCCUCUAUGCCUGAUCAAAAUCUGCAGACAACACAGAUCUCAUACGGUACAAAUAUAACUCGAAGGACUGAUAUUCCAUCAAAGACUUGUUAAACACUGAAUCAAAGUUGUGCUAUCUCUGUCUGAGAAGACGGUCGGCGAGGAUAGUCCAACAGAUUUGUGCGGUACAUUGAGCCGACUCCAAGUUUAUUUUUAUUCUUUUAAAGCAUGAUUCCUUAUUUAAAGGGAAUUAUGCUCAUUGUGUUCACUUUUAACUGACUAGGGUUGUUGAGUGAGGAUUUUCACAAAGUAUUGCUAUCUAGCUCCAUGUUAACACUGGAAGAAAUGAAGUAAAUGAGUCUGGGAUGACAAGUGUUCACAGCUUCCAGUAUGGCUUAUGUAGACAGGAGAUCUGGGACAUUCAGUUUUAAACUAACAAUAGAAACAUUUAAGAAGGGAUGAAAGCUGAUUUUUUUUUUUUUUCAAUGUAUAUUUUGGAGGAAUGUUACAUCAAACCAAAACUGACUCUAAAUGAAGGAGAAUAUUUUGACUUCAGAUUAUAACCAGCUGUUCUUUUGAAAGUGACUUUUUAUUCCAAGUUCUGUGUCCUCUCACACACACACACACACACAAGUUAGAUGUUAUAUGAAUAUAUAGUAUGUUACUUAUAUAUUCUUUUUCUCUGUGAUCACAUUGCGGCAAUUUGCUGCAAUGGAAGAAAUUAAUUUAACAAUUUUGACGUAUAAAUUAUUGGAAUGUGAUUUAAAACAUUUUAAUUUACUUGACGAAUAUGAAAGAAAGUUGUACAGUAUAUUUACUCAUAUUUAUGGUAGAUAUGUUAAAAAAGAGGGGACCGCACAUAUUUCAAUGCAUUAAGCUUUGAAUAUCCACAGCUGCAUUUAGUUUGUGUAGGUUUUUUUUUCCCCAUUUGAGAGAAAAUAGCUACAGAUCUGUUUGAUCCCAAGCCCGCCCCUCUACUGACAUCAUAUUUCCCAGGAAGCCAGUACACAUUAUCAAGAUUUUCUAGUACUGUGUAAACAAUGAUAUACUCAUCAUUAAAGUGCAACAGUAACAAUUGCAAAACUCAAGUUUUGUACAAAUGUGACUUUACAUCUCUUGAAUGUGCACCAUAAAUUUAAAUACAAAUGUUUUAUUGUAAUUGCAAGAUUUGAGUGAUGAUGGAAAUUAGAGAUAUUUUUCUGACUAUGACACACAACUAAACAGAAGAAAGCAGUUACGUUAGUAGCGAGUAACUGCAGCAUACAACAAACCUCACUGUUUUUGCAGAAUUUACUGAAAGCUUUACUGCUUCCAUUCUGCUGGAUUUUCACCUGCCUAUAUCUGACAUUCUGAAAACUCCAAAAUAUGUGUUUAGUCUGAAAAGGUUGAUGAAUGAUGACUUUGGGAGAAAAAUAAAUAGUUGAUAAAUUCUCUGCACAUUUCAAGUAGGUGAUCAUCAGGUAUGUCAGUCUGACAUUUCACUUCAAUAGCAUCUUGUGGUCAAGUGCCAAAUAUAGAUGAAGAAAAGAAAAAAAACACAGUAUUGUAUCCAUUUAUACUGUACAGUUACCUGUCGAACAUAAAAACUGUCACUAUCAUUUUGUAGAUUUUGUAUUGUUAACUUGCAUUAUGUGUUCUGUGUAGGUUGUCCAUUUUGUUAUUCAAAUAAAGACAAAGUGGGAAAAUG